AUGUUGGAAAAGAAUGAAAGAUGCAAUAUUAACUUGACAGCCGCUGCUGAAACUUUAAGAGUGCAGUCGCUAAAGGACUCCAUGUACCGCGAGUUUAGCUGUUUCGUGAGCAAUGAACAUUUGACAACUCUGUGGUUCACAAUAACGGAGAAGCUGGCGUUUAACGUGAUUUUUGUAAAACUGAGACUACUGGCAACUGAGUUCGAUGAUAUCGUGGAGGAAUACUCUGCUUAUGACGGCAAUAUCGAAGAUGCCUUCAUGAAAUUUUUGCAAGAGAGCCGUAACACGAUCAAACCGAAGGAGACUUGGUAG